AUGUAUGCGAAUGAAAUUGUCCUUCCCAGCACAAGCGUGUCUGCAAACCUCACUGAACCGGUUACUACGUCCAAGCAAGCACCUCAAGGCAAGAAGAGUCAGUCUACUCGGAAGGGGAAGCCGAGGGACCGCAAGGAAGCUCCUCAGGCAGCCGAGGCCCAGUUAUCUAGCCUGGAAGAGUCUAUACCCAUCAUCUUUGCACUUCUUUUUAUUGAAUACAAGAAAGAAGGGGGCUCUGAGGGGCAGGUCCUCAACCAAUCCAGAUUCAAUCUCACCAGCGGGGUCAGCAAUCUCAAUGCAAUCGGCAUACUGGAUUUCCCGGUGUUUGCUCUCGCUGCAGUUGGCUUCAACGGAAGUCUACUUACAGCCUGGGGAGAAAAGACAUCUGCCCAUUCAGCCCUUGAUAUACACAUGGCCGACACGAAUUGUCCAGGGUGGGAUAUCACAGACCGCGCAGAUGCCUUCCGCUUAGCACUCUUUCUGAUCCUCAUCCGGGACGUCUGGUCCAAAUGGCUAGUAGAGAAGUUCCAGGAGGUGCGGCCUGCUUUCAUUAAGGACUGGUCCACGCUGUGUGGCCAGCCAAAGAAACUGAGUGGACGAUUUGCAUGGCGCAUGAAAGACCAGAAGGGGGAGGAUAUAUACGUAAAAUUGGACAAGGAGGUAAAGGAGCAGGGUGAAUGGGCUAACAACAUCAGGAAAAAGGGGAAGGUCUGA